AUGACUUCUCUCCAAUCCUCUUCUGCCUCCUUCACCGCCCGGGCUUAUGGACACUCCGAGCCAAAAGGCUUGCCACUGGAGGACAUGAUUUCCUACCUUUUGGCAGCUAAGCGGUCUCUUUCAUCUAUUACCCAUGUUCGACGUGCUGAGGAGAUUGUUACAGCUGCACGCUCUGCCCUGGAAGAAAGUGUGGUGGUCUCAUCCAGAACCAGUUUCAUUCGACGAGGUCUCAACAACCAGCUACGGUUGCUGUAUAAUGUUCGAUCUGAGGUAGAGGCAAUUUCAUCUCGUGGUCGGGAAGAAUUCUCAGAGGCCCUACAAAAUCUAGAUGAUGCUGAUGCCCGACUUCGGGGUACUUUAGAUCUCCUUCGCGAGACUAUCGUGCAUGCAUCGUUUCGUCCAAAUGACGAAACCGAGAAGAGUUUGCACGAUUUUGUCGACGAGAGGGGAGUUGAGGAGCUGCACAUCUCCCUGAAAAGCUCCAUCGAUCGCACAAAUACCGCCCGGGGUGAUCUCGAGACGUCUAACCGCGAAUUUGAUGAUGAGCUUCAUUCCACUCGAAAUGCACUCCAUGAAUAUCGCUCCGCAACUAAAUUGGCAUCGUCUCGCUUGUCAGUUUCUGGCUCCUCUUCGUCGGCAUCCGAGCUAGAUCUUGGACUUUACUCACUUCCAGGCAUGCUUCGGUCCCUGGAAGCCAUCGCGCAGGACAUGGCACAUCUCUUAUCAUCCCUUGUUGCUCACUUCGACCUUUGUGUUAAGGCCGUGAAGCAUACUGAAGGAGGAGGAGCAGCAGCUCAAUCAAUCACGGGUGAUCUUGAACACGAAAUCAACGCCAACUUGAACGCGCCCCUCGCCGCCAUGACAGAGGAAGAGUAUCAAGAGAUGCUGGUUGUGCUUGUGAAGGAUGCAGCUGAGGCAGAGGAUGUGGUAUUGGAAAUUCAAGAUCGCAUUAGCGAAAUGGAACCUAUUUAUGAGCAGGUUAUCGUUCAACGCGACUCACUCUUGGUCGUUUCAAAAGCCACUCUUGAUGUUCACAGUCACCUCUUUUCCCUUGCUUCCACACGACUCCCACGUUACAUUUCUCAGGCCCACAACUUCGCUAAAGUGUGGAGCGAGGAGAACGAGCGCUUUGCGUCCGGUCUCAACGAACUUUCUGACCUGCAGUCCCUUUACGAGGGAUUCCUCAAUGCUUACGAUAGUCUCAUUCUCGAAGUGGCUCGCCGAAAUCACGUUCGCCAACGUGUGGAGAAAGUUCUCCGCGACACAAAGCACAAGCUUAACUUGCUGUACGAAGAGGACGUUACUGCCCGUGAAGCUUUCCGUGCCGACCAAGGUGACUUUCUUCCGUCCGAUAUCUGGCCUGGCAUCGGUCUAGCACCCAUGCAGGUGCAGUUUCUCCGUCUCGCUGGAGGUCAUCUCCAAGGAGCUCUCACCGAGGAACAAGAGGCUGGACAACAAGCAGAACCCGGUGUUUCUGCAACUGCCCACGGCACUGGGGCCGACGAUGGUGGUGAGGGAGAGGCUAUUCCACAAUUAACAAAAGAUUUCAUCGAGCAGGCAUAUGGACGUUUGAAAGCGAGAGACAGGAACUUUGUCUGA